GGGUAGAAGCGCAAGCGCAAAAGAUAGAGUCAAUCGUCAAUCGCAUAUUCACGCCGUUGUCGAUUACCAUCUGCCCGAAACAUUAGCUUCAACAUUAUUAGAAAAAAAUACAUAUACCUAUAAAGUAUCUCUCCCUAUUGUCUCACUUUGACGAUACUAAAUCCCUAGUUUCUUGGUGGCUUGACUGAUACCCCGCGAAUUGGACGGUACGAAUACGCAGCAAAACAUCAUCAUGCCUCUUACAACGUCAUCCGUGUUUCCCCCGGAAUCGCAUGUGUUUUCUAAAUUCGCCAGCCGUCGAAGCGUAGUCCACAGUACCAAGGGCAUCGUAUCAUGCUCGCAACCGCUAGCGGCGAAAUGCGGCAUCGAGGUACUGGAAGCGGGUGGAAACUGUGCUGAUGCGGCUGUAGCUGUUGCCGCUGGUCUUAACAUGACGGAGCCAUGCUCGACGGGCAUAGGCGGUGACAUGUUCUGCCUGUUCUACGAUGCCAAGACAAAAAAGGUGUCUGCCAUGAACGGCUCAGGUCGCUCGGGGAACAAGUGUACUCUUGAGACCAUCCGCGGCUCCCUAGGCCUCAAGGACGGUGAAUCAGGCAAGAUCCCGAUGGAUAGCGUGCAUGCCGUGUCUGUCCCAGGAGCAGCAGCCGGAUGGGUCGACACCGUCGAGCGGUUCGGCAGCGGUAAGGUGACGAUGGAGCAGAUCUUAGCACCGGCAAUUGAGCUUGGUGAGAAGGGCUUCCCUGUUGCCGAAGGGGUCGCGUAUUGGUGGGACGCAUCCGAGGCGCAAAUCCGUACUGCCUCUCCCAACGGCAGCGAACUACUCAAAAAGGACGCCAGCGCAAAAGACGGCGCGCGUGCCCCCAAAGCAGGGGAGAUAAUGAAGAACCCCGCGUUGGCACAGACCUUCCGAACCCUAGCCACGGAAGGUAAAGCGGGUUUUUACUCCGGACGGAUCGCGACCGAAUUGGUCAAAGUAAUCCAAGACCUAGGCGGGCACCUGGAGCUAGACGACCUGGCACACCACCUCGCCACGGGUACCGAGCCCGUCGAUCCGAUCUCGCUUAAAUUCCGUGGCCAAAACGUACAGGAGCUACUCAAAGACAGCGUCUCCACCUCGUCUACAGACCUCGGCCUCGAGCUCUGGGAACACCCACCAAACGGGCAAGGAAUCGUAGCCCUAAUGGCGCUAGGAAUAAUCCAAGAGCUCGAAGCACAAGGCAAAAUCCCAACCUUCACUCCCGCAGACUUCAACACCGCUCCGUACCUACACGCCGUGAUCGAAGCACUGCGCAUCAGUUUCGCAGACGGGACGUGGUUCGUCGCGGACCCGAACGAAACCGUCGUACCCACCUCCUCCCUGAUCUCACAACCCUACCUCGCAUCCCGCGCCGCGCUCUUCGACGCGACAAAAGCAUCAGAUGUAGUAACCCACGGAUCACCCGCGCUACAAAGCAGCGACACCGUAUACUUCGCGGCGUCCGACAGCUCCGGGAACGCGAUCUCCUUCAUCAACAGCAACUACGGGGGGUUCGGGUCAUGUAUAGUCCCCCGCGGAUGCGGAUUCACGCUGCAGAACCGGGCGGCGAACUUUAGUUUAGAGGCCGGACAUGCGAACGUGCUGGCGCCGCGGAAGAGGCCGUAUCAUACGAUCAUCCCGGCGUUGGUGACGAAUUUGCACGAUGGCAGUUUGCACAGCGUGUAUGGCGUUAUGGGCGGGUUCAUGCAGCCGCAGGGCCAUGUGCAGGUUUUGCUUGGGCAGGUUGUGGGACGGUUGAGUCCGCAGCAGGCGCUUGAUGCGCCGAGGAUUUGUAUCGGGCCUGGUGGGAGCCAGGGGAAGGGGGAUAAGACGGUGCAUGUGGAGGAAGGGAUGCCCCUUGAGACGGUGGAGGGGUUGAAGGCUUUGGGGCAUCAAGUCGAGGUUGUGGCGGAUAUGGAGAGGGCGAUGUUUGGGAGGGGGCAGAUUAUUCGGUGGAGUGUGGAUCCAGUUGAGGGUGUUGGCGUUUGGUCUGCCGGGUGCGAUCCCAGGAGUGACGGCGCUGCGUAUCCUCUAUGAUGUUUGGGAUUGGUGUCCCUAUUUUUAUCCUUAUUUAGAGGAGUGUGGUUUUCAGCGUGAAACUAAGUGGCAGUUAGCAAUCAAGUAAAUACAGGCCCAAAGUAUAGCGAGAAAAUUAAAUUGAGAUGAGUUCAAGUUU